GCGACAAAGACCACGACCAACCUCAAAAAAGUCGUUGCCUGACCGAGGUUGAGAGAGUUCAGUCAGGCAACAAGACGGCAACAACAAGCAAGCGACAAGAGGGCAAACAAUCGCACGGCAGACGUGGUGGUGAAGAAAGGCGAUAUCUCCCAAGGACAGCCACCCACACCACACCACACCACAGUCCUCGACCACACUACAACGCCCCUUGCCCCUGCUUGCACCCUGUUUUGUGUGAGCACAGGUGAUGGAAAGCAUUGUUGGGCUGAAUGUAGGUGGAAGAACAACAACAGCCAUGACAACCACACGGCAAGACCUGGACCAGCGAAGGCGGUCCAGCCCGCUCUCGGGUUCAAGUCGUCACGCAAGCAAACGCACAUCCGUGCAAGAGGAGCAACAGCAACAACAGCGGCAACAGCAACAGCAGCGGCAACAGCUCAAGGCACACGCAGCGUCACCAACACGCCUGCCCGCACUGCUGGAAACCAUGCUUGAGAUGGAAGACACAGCGGAAGGCAGCAGCAACCCCAGCAACACCAGCACAGAUCUCUUGCGCAAGAAGCGCGACAGCUUGGAGCCGCGCACCACGGGUUCUUACACCAUCCAGUUCUGCCUCGAAGAAGAAGAAGAAGAGGACGAUGACAAUGAUGACGAUGAUGACGAUGACAACGACGAUGACGGCGGCGGCGACCAUGAUAGUGGUGAGGGAGAGGUCAUGCGUACCCCAACCAGCAGGGCAGCACAUAGUAGAAUGCACAGCAGCACCAACAGCAGCACCAACGCCAGCUUGGUGUACACAUGUGAGCAGCAGCAGCAGCGACAGAGUGAGGCUGAUGCACCCACGGCACACACGUUUGUUGGUGUUGUGCUCGAGGAGAACAUGUCUGGUGCCAGUGACACCGGUGACCACGCACAGCCUCAACUGCGCAACGAAGGGCAUGAUACCACGCCCGCACACAAUCUCAGAGCUAAAGCUGCACUGCGGGCACCUGCUCCACCACCACCGAGGACACCACCAAUAGCACAGCAGCAACAGCAGCAGCAGCAGCCGGCGAUACAAGCUGGCAAAGAAAAGGGGCCGUCAACCACACCAACAGGGCCACCCUCAGUGUCAACACCAAGCCCGGGGCUGACGCUGCUUCAUCGGCGUGUGCUUGCAGCCCAGGAUGCAAGCAGCCGUGCGAGCUCCUCGACCUCGCUUGGGUCAACGAGCACACGCAGCUCGCUUCCUGCCGGCAACGAGCAUGAUCUCCCGCAUGCCGCACAGCAGCAGUGGGCCCUCUUCUUGGAACCGCCAAGGCCGGCGGCACACGACACCAGCUUGCCUGCAGGCACACAGAGCACGUCUUCCACAAGCCAACCGUCGUCACCACAUUCGCCACACUCGCCGCACUCGCCGCACUCGCCGCACUCGCCGCACUCGCCGGCUUGGAGCCCCCGUUCUGCACCACGCCAUUCGCAGCACCAGCACCAAGACCUUGCCUCGCCAUCGGCCGCCAUCACCGCUCAGCCCCAUCUGCUUGCACAUCGACAGCAAUACAGCAAGCCUGCAAGCAACGACACCUUUCGUCCACGAAGCGCCAGUAUGGCCUCGCAAAAGGAUCUGGUCAAGCGUGCCAUCUCCUAUCUUGCCAGAAAUGGCGCCAACUCGAGGGAAGGCAUCGCGUUCACAGAAUCGCUCAUUCUCGCACACCGACACCUCAACUUCUCGUCCGAGGCAAUGAUGAAGGAGCUCCUCAGCAUCUACAACAUGAGCGACAUCGACAACAACUUGUCCAAGGAAGAGGGCAACGCGCUCAAGUCCGCGGUUAUCGCCUUUCUUCGCAUCUGGUGGCGGCAUCAAGCGUGCAUGUCCUCAACGGUUCGCAAGUGGAUCUACAGAUUGGAACGGCAGAGUGUGGUUGAAGGGUUCACACGGAAACAGGCCAUCAUCACAAACCAGCCGCGUCGUGUUCACACCCCGUCGAUGGUUGGCGCCAGCAAUCGCUUCUCAAGCCAGACUUUCGCACCUUUGCUUGGCAAGUCAGCCCGCACGCUGGCGGAACAUCUGACGGUGCUCGACUUUGAGGGGUAUCGGUCGCUCACUGCCGGCGAUUUGCUGGACGAGAUCUCCGUCGGAUCGUGUCCGGCCGUCUGGCGCGUGCGCAACACAACGUUGCAUCUUGGCCGGUGGAUUGCAGCCAGCAUCUUGACCCAGAAGGGGACACGGGGCCGUGUCAACGCCCUGACCAAGUGGAUUCAAGUGGCGGUUGAGUUGCUGUCCCUCGCAAGCUUCAACGCUCUGUUUGGUGUUGUUGUUGGCGUCAAUAGCAGCGCCAUCACUCGUCUCAGCGAAACCAUAUCUCUAAUCCCCACCCACAUGGCUGAAAGCUACCGCUUGAUCAAGAGCCUCAAACCCGUUGGAGACCAGUUGCAGACUUAUCGAUCCAUUCUUCGCGAGGCACAAGAUACAGCAGCAGAGCACAGCUCGCACCCGUGCAUUCCGUUUCUUGGGCUUGUGUUGCAGGAUCUCAAUUCGCUUUAUUCGCGUCUUCAUCACGGCAACAACGGCGCAAUUGAUUGUGGUGCUGACCUGCAAACAUUCCAAGAGAUGCACGCCAUUGUCGAUUCCUAUCUGCAGUAUCAACCGCGGACGUUCUCGUUCUCCCUCGACCAUCAGCUCUUGAGCGACCUGCAAUUGGCAACAAGUGUUCACUGGUCGAGCGAGGAAUUGCUGGAACUGUCGCAAGCGUGCGAGCCCAUUCUCCUCGAAGGCCUUCGCUGCCUCAAGGUUGAUGCUCGGGAGCGCGUGAAGGAGGCGUGUUGUGGUUCAAACAUUCCUGACGACUUUGCAUCCUGGAUUCGCACGUCUUCGCCGGCCGCGCUGCUCUCGUCCCUCAAGCUUGCAGGAUUUGCGAUUCCAUCGCAGCGAAGCAAAGGGGAAGAUCUUGAGCGAGACGUGAAACACCUGGCCAACCAGAUCUUUGCACGAUAUGCACCGACGCAACAGCACAUGGACCCUGCAACAUGGGCUGUCGUUCGACAAGGCUUGCCCCUCUUUGCGACAUUUGAGGACAUGGACGAAUACGGUGACGGUGUUGUGUAUCCACACACGCUCGCAAGCUACAUCAAGGAGAUUCACUUGUUUGCCGCGUUCAAGUGCAUGCCGCACAUCUUCGAGGCCGCAUCAACACACUCCCCACUCGUCUGUGAUCACUGCAGCCAAACCAUUCGACAUUGCGUGUACCGGUGUCGUGACUGCUCGAGACAAGUCCACGGCCGCUGUCGCGUUCUCGCCAGCAGAAACUGCAAACCAGUCUUCUCGGAAUCAAGCGCCAUCCGCUCCCCACUGCGUGCAGAGUACACCGCAGCCACCACAACCGCCACCACAACCGCUACAAUGCCGCAUGGACGUGCUGGGCAUGGCAGCGGGCGGAUGAGCGUGGACAGUCCCGGAAGCGAUGUGGCCCUGAGCGCGUCGCAAACCAGCACGCAAGCACAGCCGCAGCAGCAGCAGCAGCAGCAGCCACGGCUAUCGAAGCGACCGAGCCAGACGCAGCUGCUUGCCUCAUCCUGGUCAAACACACACUUGCACCAACAACAACAGCAACAACAACAGCACCGUGUGUUUGAUCGUGAGCCGGCGAGCGGCCGUCGCGGUCGCCUUCGCCCGAAGCGAUUGAGUCUCGACGAGUCGCGAUCUUCAUACGAUGCAGCCAUGCUCCAGACACACGCGCACCGCCACUCCAACACCGAUGGCCAGGGUGGUGCCCAUGCAAGUUCAUCUUCACCUUCGCCUGUGGAGGUGAAGCCGGUUUUGCGGAGGAGUUCCACGGAUGUUGCGUUGACGGCGUUCAUGAUGAAAGAUCGACAAGAGCAGGACAGGCAGGAUGGAGGGCACGCCCACUCCAGCCUCGGCGCUGCUGUCGUCACUGCAGACGCGACACAGCCUAGUGUUGCUGUUGGCGCCAAAAAUGCGGAAGCAACGGCUCGCUCUGCGAUGCUUGCAGGCAAACACACAACCGUCGGGAAAGCAAAGCGUUUAUCCUCUUCAUCUUCAGGGCCAUCGUCACCGCUCUCACACGCCACCGUCACAUCUGUUGGCAGUCACACAACCAUUGCGUCAUCAGAUUCUGGCGGAUCGUCCACGAGCGGCCGCGAUCAGCUCGACCCCUAUUACUCGCACUCGAGCCGCCGCCGCAGCCGCCGGUCAUCGCAUAUCGCUGCGCACAGACAACUCGUCACCAACACCCCCGACGGAAGGAAAGUGCUGGUGACGUUGACUGGCGCUCGCCUUCGUGAUGUGUAGUCGGAGCGCAAACAACGAACGACCCUCAGACCCAAAACACAUACUGCUCGCAUAUCCACACACAUUUACACAUAUACAUACACAUAUCCAAACACAUUUACACAUACACAUACACAUACACGAACACAUGCAGACACGCACGCAUUCAUGCUCAUCGUUUCAUGUACCAUCGUCCCCACAAGUCAUCUUCAUCAUCAUUUGGGCCACGUUGCCUGUCUUGCAUUCAUUUCUCACUGCCUGUAUUCCUUGCUUGACACCUUGUCCCUUGGGUUCGAUCUUUUCUCGUGUUGUGCUUUGCUUUCCUUCGUUUGCCCCCUCAUGUACACACCAACACAGACACGGAUACAGACACAAGAGUAAACUUGCUCGAAACCCAACA